CACAACGUCAUCAUUCUGUGUCGCUGUUGGGGUCUUAGAGACGUCAUGUGUACACACACCCCCAUCCUCAGAACUUAAUGUUGACAACUAUGCAAAGAUGUUGCAAAUGAAAAAUCGUAUCAAAUAUUGCUCUUUGGCAAUUGCUGCGACCAGAUUGUUUUCGUCUGGACCCGUCAAGAACCCAGUCGUGUAUUUUGACAUCGCAGCUGACAACGAACCUCUGGGACGAAUCAUCAUAGAGUUGAAUGCAGCUGCUGUGCCCAAAACAGCAGAGAACUUUAGAGCAUUGUGCACUGGGGAACAUGGCUUUGGUUACAAAGGAUCAGUGUUCCACAGAGUGAUUCCUGAGUUCAUGUGUCAGGGAGGAGAUUUCACGCAUCACAACGGGACUGGAGGCAAGUCCAUAUACGGGACCAAGUUCAAAGACGAGAACUUCAAACUGAAACACACUGGGCCAGGUAUCUUAUCCAUGGCAAAUUCAGGGGCGAACACGAACGGUUCUCAGUUCUUCAUCUGCACAGUUAAAACUGAAUGGUUGAAUGAUAAACACGUGGUCUUUGGUCAGGUGAAGGAGGGCAUGGAGGUAGUCUUCAAGAUGGAAUCCUUUGGUUGUCAUGACGGUGGUGUGGUAAAGAAAAUUGCCAUCACGGACUGUGGGGAGAUCAAGUAAAACACACACAGACAGACAGGUUGGAGAAGGUCACUAUGGACAACGACUCUUGGAAACGUCCAAUUUUGUAAAAGUGUUUUAGCUCUUCUGUUUUCCUCACCAAAUUAAAGAAUGACAACCACAAAUACACCAGCUGUCUCUCAUACAUGUAGUCUCUUGUCAGCUGUCUCUCAUACAUGCAGUCUAUUGUCAGCUGUCUCUCAUACAUGUAGUCUCUUGUCAGCUGUCUCUCAUACAUCUAAUCUCAUUGUCUUUGGACAAUGUGUUCUCCCUUCACACACACACUUACUCUAUAGCAUUUAUACUGUCUGUACUCAUGACAACUUCUCAUGUUCAUAGCCUGUGCUUUAUACAUUCAAGAGUUGUUGUAUGGAGAGGUUUGGACUUUGGAGUAAUUCAACACUGGUACUAAGAUACCUCUGAAAUGGGUGCUUUUUAUUCUAGAUGUCACUAAUAUUUUUCUAAAGAAAAUAAUCUAUAAUCUAUUUAAGGCAUGUAUGAUGGACCCGACACCUAUAGAAUGUAUAAAAUAAUGUUGUACAUUUACUGCCAAAUAAAUCUAUGUUUUUAGAUUUUA